GCAGCUACGUCAUUUUUUUUUCCCCUACGUGCAUUUAGAGAUAAUUCUAUCAUCCCUCAAUUUUUAUCAGUUAUAAGCCUUUAAUUGGCGCGACGAAAGAGACGUUUCUGACAUUUCCCGGCUAAUUAAAAUACAAAGUCGUACACUACUCGAGCACGAUAUUUACCUACGGUUUAUUGCAGCGUCUCAAUUAAAACUACCUGAUGAGAAUCUAGAGAGAUACACGCAGAGCAGAAUCCAAAUCGUAACAAGAAUAGAUUGCAAUAGAUUUAAAGUUUCACAUUUUUUUUUUUUCUAACAAAAGAGAAAGCUUACUUUCACCUCCAGGUUCAUAGCGCGCACAAUUCUACAUAAUCUUACGAAAUAUCGCAGGCCUCCCAUUUUUUUUCUCAUUAAAUUCUAACGAAAAACUUAGACGAGUGUCACUGAUAUCCUUGUAGAUGUUGGCCCUUCUGUUUCAUACCGUUGCUGAUGAGACGGGACAAAAGCGUGCGCACGCUGUGCCCGCGUUGCGGCCACGAUUACGGGAUUCGUACGCGAGCGGAGAGCAAGCUGAUCGCCCAUUCGUCCGAAUGCGCGUCUAGCCGCGGGAAAUUAAGCGAUUUCGCAAAUGCACCGUCGUGUUAUCUUCGAGCGGAGUGCGGCGGCUCGCAACCCGGACAUCGUCAGAAAACACUUUCCAUGGGUGACGAGGCUGCGAGAGCUCUCAGGGUCUCGGAGGAACGUCCUCGGCGAGGAGGCGGAUCUCGUAGCUGCCGGUCGCAAUCGAAGCUAUCGCGCGGAUAUGCCCUUUGUGCGAACCAGGUCACGGUGAGUCGUCGUUAUCGUGGUAUUCCAUACAGGGUUGGCCCACCGUCGUCGUCGGAAAAUAUUUUCAGGGCUCCUCUGACGAGGUCGUCGCGGCGAAUUUUUACGCGGCGGAAAUUUGAUACGGCGACGCUCCCCGCGAUGAAAGAUAUUUUCAAGUUGUAGCUUUCCUUGAAAUCGCGCCCAAGAAACGGCGCCCUU